UUCUCCCUCGCUCCGCCCUAUACCCAGCCUUUUGCCAAUCCGGGUGUGGGUGUAAUCCGGACUCUAUGUCCCAGAAGGCCUCGCGGCCUGAGGCGACCUGUCCGGUCCUUAGCGUCUUGGCGGCAGUUGGUGGAGCCAGAGCUGCGAGGCCGUCUUUGGCGCUGCCUGCGCGUUUAGCUGAGUCUCCGCUGGAAAUCUUCACCAGCCCACCUCAUUCCGACCCUGCCCCGGCAGAGAGCGGCGCCAACCCGAGCCCUCUCUCGGAUUAGGCGUCCGCCAACGUCGGUAUACCCCUCCGCGUCUCCCCGCGGCUCAGCAAGGACCCCGUCUGGGUUUCCUUCGCCUUGUCUCCAUGGCGCCCACCAUCCAGACCCAGGCCCAGCGAGAGGAUGGCCACAGGCCCAAUUCUCACCGGACUCUGCCUGAGAGGUCUGGAGUGGUCUGCCGAGUCAAGUACUGCAAUAGCCUCCCUGACAUCCCCUUCGACCCCAAAUUCAUCACCUACCCCUUUGACCAGAACAGGUUUGUCCAGUACAAAGCAACUUCCUUGGAAAAACAGCACAAACACGACCUCCUCACUGAGCCAGACCUGGGGGUCACCAUUGACCUCAUCAACCCGGAUACCUACCGCAUCGACCCCAAUGUACUCCUAGAUCCAGCUGACGAGAAGCUUUUGGAAGAGGAGAUUCAGGCCCCUACAAGCUCUAAGAGAUCCCAGCAGCACGCGAAAGUGGUGCCAUGGAUGCGGAAGACUGAGUACAUCUCCACUGAGUUCAAUCGUUAUGGCAUCUCGAAUGAGAAGCCCGAGGUCAAGAUUGGAGUUUCUGUGAAGCAGCAGUUCACAGAGGAAGAAAUAUACAAAGACAGGGAUAGCCAGAUCACAGCCAUUGAGAAAACUUUUGAGGAUGCCCAGAAAUCGAUCUCCCAGCAUUACAGCAAGCCCCGAGUGACACCGGUGGAGGUCAUGCCUGUCUUCCCAGACUUUAAGAUGUGGAUCAACCCAUGCGCUCAGGUAAUUUUUGACUCAGACCCAGCCCCCAAGGACACGAGUGGUGCAGCUGCUUUGGAGAUGAUGUCUCAGGCCAUGAUCAGAGGCAUGAUGGAUGAGGAAGGGAACCAGUUUGUGGCCUAUUUCCUGCCUGUGGAAGAGACACUGAAGAAGCGAAAGCGGGACCAGGAGGAGGAGAUGGACUAUGCACCAGAUGACGUGUAUGACUACAAGAUUGCUCGGGAGUACAACUGGAACGUGAAGAACAAAGCCAGCAAGGGCUAUGAGGAGAACUACUUCUUCAUCUUCCGGGAGGGCGAUGGGGUUUACUACAACGAACUGGAGACCAGGGUCCGCCUGAGUAAACGCCGAGCAAAGGCUGGGGUUCAGUCCGGUACCAAUGCCCUGCUGGUGGUCAAACACCGGGACAUGAAUGAGAAGGAAUUAGAAGCCCAGGAGGCACGGAAGGCCCAGCUGGAGAACCACGAACCCGAGGAAGAAGAGGAGGAAGAGAUGGAGACAGAAGAGAAAGAAGCUGGGGGCUCAGAUGAGGAGCGAGAGAAAGGCAGCAGCAGUGAGAAGGAAGGCAGUGAGGACGAGCGUUCAGGCAGCGAGAGUGAACGUGAAGAGGUUGACAGGGAUGAGGCGAGUGACAAGAGUGGUAGCGGCGAGGAGGAGAGCAGUGAGGACGAGGCCCGGGCCGCUCGGGACAAAGAGGAGAUCUUUGGCAGUGAUGCGGACUCAGAAGACGAUGCGGAUUCUGAUGAUGAGGACAGAGGCCCGGCCCGUGGCAGUGACAAUGAUUCAGAUAGCGGCAGUGAUGGCGGUGGCCAGCGGAGCCGGAGCCGCAGUGCCAGUCCCUUCCCCAGUGGCAGUGAGCACUCUGCCCAGGAGGAUGGCAGUGAAGCUGCAGCUUCUGAUUCCAGUGAAGCCGACAGUGACAGUGACUGAGUCCCAGGUCCUUCAGGGUUGGUGCAGACAUGAUUAUAAUGCGAUUAUUAUGUGCAGGAAGGCACUUUUUGAGUGGUCUGUUUGCAAGCCCUUCGCUUUGUUCGUUUCCCUCCUCUCCUCCAAGCCUUGCUGUUAAUAAAGCCAACUUUUUUUCCCUUUA